AUGGAAGCAGCGAAGGUGGACCGGGGAGUGCGGUGGCAUACAGGGGUACUGCAGGGAGCUAAGAGGUUCAUGGCCUCCUGGCACAAGAAGGAAGAGGAGGCUAGCCGACAACGAGCGCUCAAACGAAACAAUAAGCCCGACAACAACACGGACACGGCAACAACCACGGGGGUGGGAGGGGUACAGCAGGCGGACGAGACGGCGAGGAAACGCAGGAAACGCGAAGAGGCGGACCGAGUGGCGCGAAACACCGUGCCGAAAUGAACCUCUUGUUUGACUUAUCCCCCUCCCCCCCCCACCCAGCCGCCCCCCGCAAUCUAGACUUCAGUGGGUUGGCGCUGUUGGCAAAGCGCUGUAAAACACGCCACCCCAAAUAUAGCCCCCAUAGUAUGCGCUACCAAAGACGCGUGACGCAUGGAUGCGUGGAGUGAGGAUUGCUUACGGAAACCUCACAGGUUGAGUGAUGUAGGAGAUUGCCGGACACAUAGACGUGUUGAGUGAUUAUAGCUGUAUACUGAAACCCCACGGAAAGGGGAGGUUUGAGAUUGCCAGACACAUAGACGGGUUGCGUGGGGAUAGCUGCUGGAACCCCACGGGUUGAGUGAUGUUGGAGUGCCGGACACAUAGACGCGUUGAAUGAGGA